AUGCUCAAGCUGAUCUACCAUAUUGUCGGCGCACGGGAGCCUUGCGCCGUGAAGAUCGAUGCGAAUCAGUUUGUGGCGGACCUCAAAAACAAGAUCAAGGAACAGAACCCCACGUUGGUAUCGCCCAGUGUGAUGGACCUCCACCUCUACCAGUCGUUGAAGGAUGCAACUUGGUUGUCCGCAGAAGACUUGGACCAGAUGAUAUCGGAUGGAGUGAUGGACGCGAAUCUGGCAACUAUCCCACGAAUGGAGCCCACGGACGAUCUUGCGUACUAUUUUGGACCCAAUCCGCCACUGCACACAAAGCGAUGCAUGAGGUUUUUCGUCUUCAUGAGGAAGCGAUGCAAGCUAUUGCAGCUGCCGAUAUGCGAGGCAUUCCGGAUACCUGCUCUGAUGCAGGGCAAGGCGAUUGCAAACUUUGUACCAAACGUGGAAGCCCCAGCGUUUUGGUCGCAAGCCGAUCAAGCAAAUGCCAACGGCAUUUUGGUGGAGAUGGCUUUUGUCGCGUUUAUCACUCCGUUUUUCGAUGCCGUGCUCGCAAACUGUGACAUGGUGUUCGUCAACAGCGAGCAAGUUGCAUGGAUGCCUCAGGGACCACCAUUGCCACGCUCAAGUACAAACCUCAAACCGGUUCGAUUUGCGACCUACCGUGGAAUGUACCAUGCCACGGCCGCGCCCAUGGACCACGUGCAUUAUUGCCCGUCGGAGCAUGCGUUUCGAUUUGGUGAGCCAGAAAAGCAAUUGAUGGGCUGCGUCGUCCUCUUUGAGAGCAAGCUCCGUAUAACCGACUCUGCGUUUGGCCAAGUGGUGAAUCUGAUUGGCUCUGGGGGUGGACGUCGUGGAGAGCGGCGCGUUCCUCGGUCGUGGUGCCCACGGUCGUGUGUUCAAGGUCGAGCGGAAAACCGACAAAAAAGUGCUAAAACUUGUCUUGUCGACUCAAGCUCCACGUCUGAUCUCUAUCGCGAAGAGUGGGCCCUGAAGUAUGCCAAGCUCACAGGUUUGACGGCUCACAUCGAGUAUGGCCUCAUUAAUUUUCCAGGGGGUGCUGCGUUAUUGGUGACUCCAGUGGGGGCUCCUCUGCCUCGACCGACGACACUACAGGAAGUCGUCAACCUCUUUGACCUGCUCAGACAGCUCCAUAAGAAGAAUGUGAUCCAUGGAGAUCCCCGCGUGCCGAACGUGAUCGUCGUCAAGGACAACGGCAAGGACAAGCUCCUAUGGAUUGACUUGGUGGAAGCUCUCGAGGUGGCACCGGCGUUUUGCACGACGGAUGCUGCUAUUCUCACCCGGUCGAUCCUCCGCUUACCACAUAGGUCUCUGCUGGAGGAGCCCUUGGAGUCGCUGACCGACGAGUAUGGCGAAGCCCCGACGAGUGAAAACGCCCACCGAUUGGCCACCGCAGUGUUCCAGUCCACCAAAUUUUCAGCCUAG